AUGUCUGAACGGAAGAAAGCACGCAGGCGGCUAAAGGUCAAGCGUUGGCUGAGAAGUUGGGUAUUCACUCCUCUCGGCAACGUGAGGAUCAAGUUGAUCAACAAGAUUGAGCGGAAGCGUUAUCGAAUUGUCCCAGACUCAGAGGUCAAUCGCAUCGUUUUUGAUGCCCUCAAUGAUCGAUAUCCGAGUCAUUUUUUUCGGCACCGCAGUGAUAGCCAGGUCUCAAGUCCAAGGAGGUCGGUUUUCAGCAACAAGGAUAAUACGAUGCUAGAUGAGUGGCUUAUGACCACACCGGCAGAGAGCCCACGACAGCAGUCUUCUAACCUUGAUGUGGAUGUGGUCAACGGCCCUCUGAUUGACAGAAUUGCGCUCCCUGAGGCUACCAAACCCAAGUAUCCCGAUCCCCGUGGAAGCUGGCAAGGGGAUGAUCAUUCUGCGCUGAGACUUGUGAACCCGGACUUGUCUGUUUUGAGUUGUGACGGUGAGAAGUCAGAGUCAGAUCCAGUUUCUGUAUUUGAGAUUCAUAAGAAUGUGUACGAGCUUUCUGCAGUUAGGGAAAUGAGCCCAGCCAUACCUGCCGAGUUAAGUGGUGAAAUGCAAUAUGAGCAGUUUCGUUCUUCUUUCGCCGACGUUAGUUUUGGCAUGGCUACUCUCCCAGUGAUUGAAGACCUGCCUCCUCAACUCCCGGAUUUGUAUUUCGCACGACAUCCCGAUCCACGAUUAUGCUGCCUCAUCACCUCAGCUCUUUGCAACUGCAACCCACCAGUUCUUUUCGAGAACGGUAUCUGUUUAUGUGCAGAUUCCCCACAAAGUGAUGAUCCAGUUAUUCCACAUACACCCUCAUCAGGCAUGUCACGCUCAUCCAUCAGGAGGGCCAAAGCCCGGGCGUCGACCGCAGAGGUCCUUAUCCGCCAUACACACAACAAACGAAAUUCCAUCCUGAACAACUGGCAUAUCCCAUCGAAUGUCAUACCGCGACCACUAAAAAUUCGAAAAGCGUGCAGUGCCAUCCUACACAACAGCCAGAAUGAUGCCCUACUGUCCAUUCCCGAAGAUACAACCCAUGAAGUGACUACACCAGUACACUAUCGACCAUACAGUCUCAGCCGUAAAAUCCAACACGGUCCAUUACCUCCCCUGCCUCCUGCAACACCCACCUCCCACCUACCCAGUACCUCAUCCACUCCUUCAUCUGCAGCAAAGCCCAGCUCUCGGCCAUCCGGCAUCUCAUCAACCACUCAUUCUUCCCCUGCGGCGGCAUCAUCUGAUGUCCCCCAGCACCCUGACCGACCAACCUCAAUAUGCGGCAGCUGUCUAGCAGGACGACACCGCGCUCUCCGCAGUCAUCCCUAUCACCACCGCGGUGACAACAGCCCUCACCUUGUAAACCGCCUCCCAUACCAACAUAGUCCGCGAGAACAAACCGGCCUCCAAACUCACAGUGACAGUUUGCCGUCUUCGCUCAGGCCAGGCCCACGGUGCGGGCACUGCAGGGCCCGUCGAUCUGGGGUAAUCUCCCCCGCAGAGCUAGUUAGUCCUCGGUCGUUGCAUGGCUCUCGAGCCUUAAAUCGAGUCUCAAUCACCUUCUCAGAUAUUGCACCUAACUCCUCUUGGGCUGGUCCUGUAGGCCAUAUGGGGUUCUAUGCUCCCUCUGACGAGGAUCUUCCCUUGCGUGUCGAAACUGAUCUCAUCGAUGAGAAUGUUGAUCCAUCUGGUUGGGAAAUGUGUCUAAGUGCUGGAUCAGCUGCCCAAAACCGCCGAUACCGUUAA